GGUUGGAGUAGCAGGAAGUGCCGGUCGGACGCGGGUGCCCAGGACAUGGCAGGGUUCAGCCGCAGUGAGUUCUACGCGCAGCUCCUACAUGGGUGCAUUGUGCCCACCGCGCAGCAGGGCCUGGAGCAGAUCUGGGUGCUGCUGCUCAUGUGCCUGGCCUGCCGGCUGCUGUGGAUUCUGGGGGCACAAAUGAUCGUGGCCAUGAAGGCCGUGUCGUUGGGCUUCGAUGUCGACCGCGGUGCCGUUCGCUCCGUCCCGUCGCCCGUGGAAUUCAUGGGAUACGUUUAUUUUGUGGGCACCGUCAUCUUUGGCCCCUGGAUCAGCUUUAGCAGCUACCUGCGGGCAGUGAGGGGCCAGCGCCUGAGCAUCUCGUGGGUGUGGCGCGUGGGGCGGAGUCUGGCGCUGAGUGGGCUGUGCCUGCUGGUAUCGACCUGCGUGUCCCCCUACCUCUUCCCUUACUUCAUCCCCCUGUAUGGGGAGUGGCUGCUCAGGAAGUGGCUCCGGGCCUAUGAGAACACCUCCUCCUUCCACUUCAGCAAUUACUUUGUGGGGUUCCUGUCGGAGGUCACGGCCGUGCUGUCAGGGGCGGGGUUUUCCGAGGAGAAGGAUCACAUUCGCUGGGAUCUGACAGUCUCUCGCCCACUCAGUGUGGAGCUGCCCCGCUCUAUGGUGGAGGUAGUGACCAGCUGGAAUCUGCCCAUGUCUCACUGGUUGCACACAUAUGUCUUCAAGAAUGCCCUCAAACUGGGCAAGUUCCACGCCGUCAUUGUGACCUACGCAGCGAGCGCCCUGCUCCAUGGCCUGAGCUUCCACCUGGCGGCCGUUCUUCUCUCUCUGGGAUUCAUUACCUACGUGGAACACGUGCUACGCAAGAGAUUGGCCGAGAUCUUCAGCGCCUGUAUCCUAUCCAGGAAAUGCCCGGCCGGCUGUACCCACCGCCAUAAAAAGGGCCCCCUGGUACACGCGUGUAACGUGGCGUUUGGGGCGCUGGCGCUGUUCCAGCUCACCUACCUGGGCUCCCUGUUUGAUACGGACUCUGAGGACGUCGCUGAGGAAGAGGGCUACGGCAUGUCCCACACGCUACACAAGUGGUCGGAGUUGGCCUGGGCCGGCCAUUGGCUGACGUUCGGAUGUUGGUUGUUCUACCGUUUGAUUGGCUGAGACGGGAGGCAUUUUGGCUGUGCUGCUUGUGGCCCCGCCCCUGGGUGCCCACCCUGCUCCUGGGCACGUGGGGGGAAUCUGGGCGCAGGGCUGUGACACUGUGAAUAAACAAGUGGCGCCCCCACCUGUCUGGGAAGCCACCCCGUGAAUUGUAUCACCCCAUACAAUUGCCCCUUCUACCCAGUAACUGCCCCACAGGGGACAUUUGUUCUUAUGUUAUGGAGUAAAGGGCAAGUCUGUCUGUGCCAAUAAAGUUCUGUUUUGUAAGGA